UGUGUAAACUUAUCUAUGUUAUGGCCACAGCCCAACCCUAAUAUAAUAGCUACUUCCACAAAUCAUAAAAUACUAAAAAUCGUAUACGUAAAGCUGCCUUGGUUUUCGUUGUUGAAACUUUCACAGCGAAGUCUCACUCGAACCCUUUUAUAAAGCCUCUCAUACUUUGUAGUUCACACACACAUCCAUGUCCACAUUUAGUGCUUAACCACACAGUUUGGUUCAUCAUCUUCUUAAUCACUUUUCUUUCCAAUAGAGAUAGAUAUCUUAAUUUCCUUCCAUCAUGGCUGAAGUUGAAUACCAUGCAAAAUCCACUGCUAAUACCCCACCCCUAAAGCUCUUCGGCAUCAACAUUAACAAGUCCCCAGAAGAUCAAACCGAUCGCGAAGCAGGUUCCGAUUCUGAGCCUUUCAUUGCAAGAAAAUACGAGUGUCAGUACUGUUUCAGAGAAUUCGCAAACUCACAGGCACUUGGUGGGCACCAAAACGCGCACAAGAAAGAGAGACAGCUCUUGAAACGUGCUCAAAUGCAGGCUGCUCGCGGCUUUGUGGCUUCACACGUUCACAACACCAUCGUAUCAACCUUCUCACCACAAUCUCAGCCACCUUUAUCGUGGCUAUGCACACCACAUGCAUGGUCAGGUGGUGGUGCGUAUGACUCGGGAGUGGCUUUUGUGACUCCCGGAAGACGAGUCUAUGCCACGGCCGGUGCCUCCAUCACUGGUGGCCUUGGCCAUCGCAAUCCUCCGGCGGAGAUCGGUGGCUUCAACGGCCACAGCUUCAACGGCAGAGGUAACGGUGGUGGUGGUUUGGAUUUGCAUCUUAGCCUAUGAGUUAUUGUGAGGUAGAUUAAUUUUUCAUUCAAUUUAGCACCAUGUGUGAACAGCCUUGUAUUCUGAGUUGUAUGCCAAUGUAAAUUUUAUAUAAGUAUUUAGAGUCGUUGGGAAAUAUUUUUAUACAUUUUUCAUGCCGAUCCGCUUCGAACAAAUAUAUAUGACACGGGUCAUUCAC